AUGGAACCUCCAUAUGCUGCAAGUUGGCCCUAGAAAUGGCAAAAAGACGAAAAGAAAAAAGAAAUCCAUGAAACAAAGAGCUGGUUUUUUGAAAAGAUAAACAAGAUUGACAUACUGGUACCUAGACUUGCCUAGAAAAAAAGAGGGAGGAUUUAAAUAAAUCUUAAGAGUCUUUAUUCAUGACAUCAUAGAAAUAAAUAGGGUGAUAAGAAACUACGAUGAAUAAUUAUAAACCAACAUUGAACAACCUAGAAAUGAUGGAUAAAUUCCUAGAAAUAUAUAACCCAUCAAAACUGAAUCAUAACAAAUAGAAAAUAUGAACAGACUAGUUACAGUAAGGCAAUUGAGUUAGUAAUCAAGACCCUCCCAACAAAGAAAAGCCCAAACCCACCUCCCAAACAUUUGAAGAAUUAAUGGCAGUCUUCACUAUUCUAAAAAUGGAAGAGGAGGGAACUCCUAAACUCAUUUUACCAGGUCAGUAUUUUCCUGAUUCCAAAGCCAGAUAAAGAUACUUCAAGAAAAGAAACCUAAAGGCCAUAACCUGAUGGAUAUCAGUGGGAAAAAAUUCUCAACAAAAUACUAGCAAACUGAACUCAACAGCAUGUUAAAAACAUUAUACACCGUGAUCAAGUGAGAUUUAUUCCUGGGAUGCAAGAAUGAUUCAAUCUAAAUAAAUCAAUAAUGUGAUAUACCACAUUAAUAAAAUGACACAUAAAACCAUAUCAAAAUCUCUAUAGAUGUAGAAAAAGAAUUUGACAAAAUUAACAAAAUGUCACAAUUAAAAACUUUCAACAAAGUGAAUGUUGAAGGACUGUACCUCAACAUAAUAUGGGCCUCAUAAGGCAAGGCUACAGCUAACUUCAUACUCAGUGAUGAAAGGUUGCAGCUGUACUCCAGGAUCAGGAAAAGGCAAGGGUGCCCAUUUCCACCCUCCUGGUCGCAUAGUAUUUCAGGCCCUAGACAAGGCAGUUAAAGAGUAAGAAGAAAUAAGAGGCAUCCAAAUCGGAAAGGAAGAAGUAAAACUGUCUUUGUUGGCAGAUGAUAUCAUCUUAUAUAUGGAAAAUCCUGAAGACUCCAGCCAAAAACUGUUAGAACUAAUUAACAAAUUCGUUAAGGUUGUAGGAUACCGUUCCACCCUUCACAAGUCAGUUACAUUUCUAGACACUAACAACAACCUAUCUGAAGGAGGUAAAGGAAACAAUCCUAUUUUCAAUAGCGUCAAAACCAAUAAAACCCUUAAGCAUAAAUCUAAGGAGGUGAAAUAGCUAUGCACGGACUACUGUAAGACAUGGGUAAAAGAAAUGGAAGAAAACAAAUGGAAAGAAAUGCCCUGUUCGUGAAUCAGAAGCAUUGGUGGUGUUAAAAUAUAUAGAUUCAAUGCACUCCCUAUCAAAAUUCCAAUGCAUUUAUCACAGAGAUGGAAAAAACAUCCUAAAGUUGAUAUGGAACCACAAAGAACCCCAGAGUCAGCCCAGGAUACCCAAGUAUCCUGAGAAGGAAGAACAAAGCUGGAAGCAUCACACUUCCUGAUGUCCAACUAAAUUCCAAAGCCGUAGUAAUCCAAACAGUAUGGUAUUGGCAUAAAAACGGACACCUAGAACAAUGGAAUAGAACCCAGAGUUCAGAAAUAAACUCUCACUUAUAUGACUAAGUGUUAUCUGACAAGGGAGCCAGGAUACUCAAUUGGGAAAGACAGCCUCUCCAGUAAAUGGUCCUGGAAAACUGGGUAUUCACCUGCAAAAGAAUGAAGUUGGAAUUCUGCCACACUCUCAAAAUUAACUCAAAAUGGAUUAAAGACUUAAACAUAAGACCUAAGACAGUAAAACUCCCAGAAGAAAACGUAGAGCUUGACUUCGUGUUGGCAAUGAUUGUUUAGGCUGUGAUACCAAGAGCACAAACAAGAAAAGCUAAAUCAGAAGUGAGACUACAUAUUAAAACACUUCUGCACAGCCAGAAAAUAGUCAACAAAAUGAAAAGACAGCCUAUUGUGUGAAAGAAUUAUUUGCAACCUUCUAUCUGAGAAGGGUUAAUAUAAAAAAAGGAACUCAUACAAAUCAAUAGCAAAAAACUAGGUAAUCAAUUAAAAAUGAUCAAAGAACCAGAAGAGGCAUUUUCCUACAAAUGGUGUACGAAUGGCCAACAGAUACAUGAAAAGGUGCUCAACAUCACUAAUCACCAGAGACAUACAAAUCAAAACCGCCAUGAGAUACCACCUCAUAUCUGCUGGAAUGGAUAGUAUCAAGAAGGAAGAGUUUACAAGUGUUGGCAAGGAUGCUGAGAAAGGAGAACAGUUGUGCACUGUUGUUUUGAAUGUAAAUUGGUACAGCCAUUAAUGACAAGAGCAUGGAGGUCAGCCAAAAAAGUAAACAUAAAACUACCAGAUGGUCCAGCAGUCCCACUUCUGAGUAUAUAUCCAAAGGGAAAGAAAUCAGGAUCUUGAAGAGAUAUCUGAAUACCCAUGUUCCCUCUAUUACAUUCACAAUAGCCAGAAUGGGAGCAACCUAAGUGUCCAUUGGUAGAAGAAUGGAUGAAGAAGAAGUGGUACAUAUACUAAAUGGAAUAUUAUUCAGCCAUGAAAAAGAAGGAGGUUUUGUUGUUUGUGACAACAUGGACAGACUUCGAAGGCAUCAUGCUGAGUGAAAUAAGUCAAACGUAGACAUAUAGUGUAUGAUUGAAUUUUCUGUGGAGUCCAAAAAGGUGGAACUCAUAGAAAAAUGUGGUAGAAUGGUGGUUGCCAGUGUUGAGGAAUGGUGGCAACAGGUAGAUAUUCACCAAAGGGUAGGAACUUCCAGUCCCAUUACUUAAUCUCAUGUAAUGUAUUUGAAGAUUGCCAAGAAAGCACAUCUUCAAAAUUAUCACUACACACACACACGCAAAAGUAAUUAUGUGACGUGAUGGACGUGUUAGCUAACCCUACUGUGGUUAUCAUUUCACAACAGGCCCUGGAGUCAAAUCACCACAUUGUAUGCUAUGAACUUGCAAGAUGGUGGGUGUCAAUAAAACUUGAAAUUAAAGUAACAGUAGUUAUAGUGAAACCACUGUAAUAAAAGCCAUCACAAUUUGGAGCUCUUCCAUGCGGCAUUGUACGAAGCAUCUUGUAUUUUUUGUUCUUUUAAAUUUUUGCCAUAACUUUACUAGACAGGCAUUAUUCACAUCUGAUGUCUUAAAUUUUUAUUGAAAUAAUUGUUAGAUCUUUAGGUACAUCAGCUUUGCAUGACUGAGUUAUUUUUUUGGCUUUCCGAGUCUGUAUUUUCAAAGGAAUCAUUUUAAAAUUUGUUCAUUUCCUUUGCAUUUUGCUUAAACAGUCUGUCCACUUUGUUCAGCAGUGUCUGUUCUUUGCCUCCGUGUUUCCAACACGGUCGUCAUAUUUGAGAUUUGAAAAGAUUUAGCACCUCCUCUGGAUUCUGAGAGCUAAGCUUUCAUCAGCUUCUAUUGUUUUGCCAUGUCUUCCCUGAGCACAUAUAUUUUUUUACUUUGUGCUCCUCUUUGUAGAAGAAGUAACUUCAUAACGUGUAAAAAGCCUCAGCAGUAUUAUUGGUGACAUUUUUAGUCCACUCCAUAGCACCAAUGUUCUGGUGAAUAUUUUUAGUCUCCCUUUGCUUUUCCUGUUCUUUUCUUCCCGAUCUCUUUUGGUUUUUAUGCAUUAUUCUGACUCUGUGUCUCUUUCAGUUAUCCCAUGUGUGAACAAAAUGAGCUCUAGCCAGGUUAAAUGUAGGAUGUUUGGGGACACAAGGCCAGGCCAUAUGUCACGUCAGCAGGAAUUACUCAUGGUUAACUGUAACAUUCUCUAUAACCCUGUUACGCAAUUGUUGGUCCGACGCAGAAGCAUCAUGUGAGAUGUUAAAAAUGGAGAACUUUAGGUCUCACCAAAGGCCGAAUGCAUUUCGUGUGCUUAGUGACGGGACCCCCAGGCGACUUGGAUUCACUUUCAAGUUUGAGAUGCAUUGGUAUAUGAACAGCUUAUAUCUUUAUAGUAAGGAUGGGCUAGUUUUUCAUUUGCUGUCCCCAACCGUCAGAUGCUUAGAGCUCACACCCCCAUGUAUCCCACUGGCCGACAGCUUCCUGAGACUAUGGCGUGUUGUGUCUGUGUGGUCCUUUGCUCAGCCACGUAACCAGCGUCUUCCUGGGUCCAAACAGACGCAGGACAGGCUUUGCUACCAGCCCACCCAUCUAAUUCUUCUUGUUGCCAUGAUAAGAUUGUUGCGUUUGUUUUCCAGGGUGUGCUGCUUGCAGUGAUGCUCUAGUUUAGAAUCACCUGGAAGGAGGUCAAAACACAGACUGCACAUAAAGAGGAUGUGUUUCAGUAGGUCUGUGGUGAGGCCUGCUGAUUUGCAUUUCUGUUCCCUGGUGCUUCUGAAGCUGCUGAUCCAGGGGCUACACUUGGAGAACCUGCCUGUAGAGAACUCUGUUCUUCUACCUUUGUGGAAGGCACCUUUUAGGUGGCGUUUUUCAUGCCCGGUACUCACGACUGAUUCGUGCGUGGGGUGUGAUCCCGUCACGGAAGGUUCUAUGCGAUGGUGCUUGGGUGGGAUUCUGUGAAGGAAACCCCCACUUCCUCAGAAUAACUGGUACACGGCCCACUAGCACAUUAACAGAGCCAGCGACUCUCUAAGUGUUGUUGGGAACCUGCUGCUGCCUGGAGGAGAGAGCUUCCUUGAGGAAGCAGCAUGAGAAGGAGACAAAGGUAAAAUCUGCCUUCUGACCAGUUCUGGCCAAAGCCAAGCCUGCAGCUUCCUUCAUCUCCUCACUCUGCUGGGACUGAGCCGGUGGCCUCCUUAAUUGUUCAAGCCAGUUUAGACAGAUCCUUGAGUGCCCUGAUUUUCCCAUGUACCUGAGGAGAUGAAUAAUGUUAUGUUUAUUUUACAGAGAAAAUAAUAGAAUCCGAGAAGUCAAAUGCUUCUCUCGCCUCAUGCAGACUCGUCCCGAUUUUGACUCCUGGUUUGAGAAGUUCUGUCGAUGAAGUUGUUUGGGAUGAUAUUUUUUGGUAGAAAUAUUUUAGUAGCUCCGUAUUUCUUCUGCAAAUGAUGCAAAGUUCUUGCAUGGGGCUUGGCGGUGGGGGAGGGUGCUUUUUUCCAAAGAGGCGUCCAUCUUCUUGUCUUAGCUUAUUGCCCACGAUUGCACAAAUCCCCAUUCCACCCAAUCCUUGCUCUCCCCCUGGUCCACCUGCCUUUGUUCACGCCCUCACCCCACUGCUAUCUUUUUUCCACAUUUACAACUUUUAUUCAGCCACUGUUUCCACCUGCUUUUGGGGGAUGUCACAGUGAAACUGAGUCUCUCAUUUGAGGAGGUGCUUAUUCCCUGUAGGAAGAUGAGGGAGUGGGGCUCCAGGUUUGUGCUCUUGAGCUUUGUCCCCUGGGGGCCCAAGUUCAAGCCUCUUUUGUUAUUGUGCCAAACUACGCGAAAGCAUGUCUGAAGUGAUUUCAGGUUCUCCAGGGACGGGUUCUCCAGGGCAUGUGACUCAGUGUUAUAUAAUGGUCUGGCCUCAGAGCACUGGGUCACUGAGUUGUGUGAAUGAGAAGGUGGCUGUUGACGAGAGGUGUUAUUCUGAUGCCGCAGCAUGAACUGUAAGCGGUCAGAGUCCACAGGUGAGAAAGUGCAGGUCCUGCCGUGUGCCCGUGAGUGGGUUUCCAUUGAUGGUUGAUCUUCCGCUGAUCGUUGGAGAUGCUGUUGAAGGGACGUCUCCCUCUCGGGAAUCACUAGACGCAGAUCAAACGUUGGAAUCAGUGGACUCUUUGGUGUUGAUGCUAUUCAAUUUCUUUUUCUCCUCAUUUCAAAGAAAGGUGCAGGCCAUAAUUAGAUGUAUAAGGACUUUGUAUACACUUAUCAUCAAAUCUUAGAAGUUUGCAACUGGGGAGGAACUUGGUAAACACGUCCAACUCUUACUUUAUUCAAUUGUAAGAGUGAUGUAUGGAAAAGGGAGUGCCCUGCUCAAGUUUCCACGCCAGUGAGGUAUCAAGCAGCCUCAGAGUCUUCUAAAUGAUUGGAAAUUGUUGAGCAUCUGGGGUCAGUGGCUCUUCAUUACUCACAUUUUGUUACAUAACAUGCUUAUGCUCAUUCCUAGAAGGUUUCAUUUUUUAAAAUAUUUUUCUCUAAAUCUUCCAAUUUCAAAAUCCAUGCACUUUAGCAUAUCUGGAACUGAAUACGCAUUAUUCCUGCUUUCAGAAUGAUCAGAAUUGGACUUUUCUCAAGUCAUCAUAACAAGGAUGAGCUAUAGAGAAUUAACCUUUCAAAUUUCCCGCGGAGUCCGUGACCCGCCAGCGCGAAAAUCAAUGAGCCUGAGGUUGAUUCGCAUUAUUCGCAGAUCACCUAAGAUCUAAGAUACAACCCUCUUUUUGUGUUUCUGCAGGGUUUUUAUAUUCAACCGAGUCAAAAAAUGGAUUUUCAAACAAGCCAAAUAGUUAAAAUAAACAUGGAAUCAACUGUGCUGUGACUUUGAAUGAUUAGGUUGUUACCAAAAGUUUUGUGGAUGUGUUUUUCCAUUUGUUAACUUUUUAUACUUUAUUUUUAAUUAAGAAAAUUAGGUGAUGCUAAUAGCAGUGUCGUUUGGAAUGGAACCUAAGUUAGAAGACAUUUAUGUUUGUUUAAGAUUAUUUUCAUACUAUACAAAGUACAGAGCUGCAAAAUUACUUAGAUAUUUUAUACUUUUCAGACAAGAUUUCUGAGCCAGACUUCUUUACUUCCUCCUUUUUUGGGGAAAGAGUCGUCACUGGCCAGUCUCUACAACUGCCAAACUGAAUCUCUCUCAGGAUGAGUUCCUCUUUACAGCUUCUCCCAAGAAUAUCUGGGGUGAACGCAGACGUAGACUUUAAGCUAUUGGACUCUGACUUCAUAAUUUAUAUACUCUGUCCGUAGAUAUAAAAUACGCUCCACGACUGACAUGCAAAGGCAAAACCAAAGCUCUGUGGUUGACUUCAUCCUCUUGGGCUUUUCUAACUUUCCCGAACUCCAAGGGCAACUCUUUGGGAUUUUCUUGGUUAUUUAUCUGGUGACCUUGGUAGGAAAUGCCGUCAUUAUUCUCAUCAUCUCGCUGGAACAGAGCCUCCACGUCCCCAUGUACCUGUUCCUCCAGAACUUGUCUGUGGUGGACGUGAGUAUCAGUGCCGUCAUCACGCCUGAAAUGCUGGUGGUCCUCUCCACUGAGAAAACAUCGAUUUCAUUUGUGAGAUGUUUCGCACAGAUGUAUUUCAUUCUUUUUUUUGGUGGCACUGAAUGUUUUCUCCUGGGGGCAAUGGCUUAUGACCGAUUUGCUGCAAUCUGCCAUCCUCUGAGCUACCCAAUGCUCAUGAACCAAAGAGUUUUCAUGAAGUUAGUUAUAUGUUCGUGGGCCUUGGGUUUCAUGUUAGGAACUGUGCAAACAUCAUGGGUUUUUAGUUUUCCCUUUUGUGGCCCCAAUGAAAUUAAUCACAUCUCUUGUGAAACCCCAGCCGUGCUGGAGCUUGCAUGUGCAGACACAUUUUUGUUUGAAGUCUAUGCGUUCACCGGCACUGUUUUGAUUAUCAUGGUUCCUUUCUUGUUGAUACUCCUGUCUUACCUUCGAAUCCUCCUUGCCAUCCUGAAGAUGCCACCCACCACAGGGAGGCAGAAGGCCUUUUCCACCUGUGGCUCCCAUCUGACCUCUGUUACCCUCUUCUAUGGCACAGCCAGUAUGACUUACUUACAGCCCAAAUCUGGCUACUCCCCAGACACCAAGAAGCUCCUGUCCUUGGCUUACUCACUUCUCACACCUCUGCUGAACCCCCUGAUCUACAGCUUGAGGAACAGUGAGCUGAAAGAGCUUUGAUGAAGUUAUGGCGAAGAAAAGCGGACUUACACACCUUCUGACUGUAUUGGGAACCUAUGUGAUAUUUGGUUAUGACUGGACUGAAAUUUACUUAAAUUUAAUAAACGGUGGAAACAGCUUAUAUUUCUUGUUGUGAUUAUGCUUAGUUUUUUGAGUUCUACAAAUUUGGUAAUAUGCUUAGGCAUCUUUAUUUAUUAAUGCUUUAAUUCUUUUCCAUAGAUUUUUAAUAUUCACUAAUAUUGGGUAAAACACAGUUUCUUAAAAUGUUGCUUAUUGGCGGCCAUACAGGUGUGUGGUCAUUUUUUGUCCCUUUAGAAAAUGCUGAAUAAAGAGCUUAGUUUCAUACACUUACUUCACUGUUGCUUUCAUUUGUGCAGAAUAGGUUUCACAACAUGAAAUAGACUGUGAGUUUGAACAAUUUCAUAAUGUUUCCAAAACACUUUAAAGUGAUAUCAACCAUUUCAGACUGAUUUCAAAAAUCCACUCUGCCCCACUGACUCGGGCGAACGCCAGGAAGCCAACAGAUUGCGAGACGAGCUUUUUGUGUUUUAGGUGAAAAUCUGUCCGUGUUUGAACGGAAAAGAACAGCUAUUGGGAGGCUUCCGUUGGCUCUUUUCUCGGACCCACAGAGAUUGUGAUCAAUCCACACGUGGACUUCAUCUGAUUAUUGUAGCGUGUAGUAAUCCGGUGUGUUGCUGUUUUUGAACCUCAUUUAUCAUGGUGCUGUUUCACUUACAAAUCCUUUUUAAUGGAAAUCUGGCCAAAUUUCUAUUACUGGGCAAAAAUGCCCUCAACGUUUGUCACACGCUGUGAUCUUUUUUCUUUUGGAAUGUAAACAUUAUGAUUAGCGGUGCCUGUUUUCUGCCAUCCUUGAGUCCUCUCAGUCUGCGUGUCUCUCCCUGAAUACGCGUAAAUUAGACACGAGGAAAGUGCACUGUUUCAUUCUUGCUUCGUAUUUCCACGUCGCACGCAGAAAGGCGUCCCACUCUUUGCACCUGCAUCGGAGGGGCACCACCCUUGCUUCUGCCUCAAGGUGGGAUCCUCAGGAGGCCGGAGCUCCUUACGAAGCAGUCACCGAUGUUGCGGGAGAAAACCGUUUCCUUUACGUUCAUACCUACCCCUGCCAAACGUGGGGGCGGAGAGCAAAUCUGAUUUGACUUUCGAAAAAACAAAACACAAGAAGGAAACUUCAUUAGCAGAUCGCUGAAAACUUGGGGGUAAGAUCUGGAUGUUGUAUGAUACUGUUCGCGAUAUCAAAGAAACCUCAGAAGAAACUUUUUGAGUCUCAUCCCUUGAUAUUCUGAAACUUUUUUCUGAGAUCUUAAAAUACCAAUUAAGAAAGGCUUAUCUAAAACAAACAAGCCAUCAAAUGAAGCUAAAUACAUAGUUUUCUUUUAGUCAUUCGUUAGUUCACUCGUUCAUUUAUUGAUUAAAUAAACCAAUGUUUCUUUUUAAAAUGCCUUUAUUUUUGUCUUUUCCCCAGUUUUAUUGAGAUAUAGUUGACAGGGUUGUAUAUCUUUAAAGUGCACAAAGUUUUGAUCUGACAUACAUAUGCACUAUAAAAUACCGCCAAGGUAAUUAACACAUCUAUUGCCUCGCAUCCUUCUCUUCUUUGGGGUUUGAGAACCCCUGAGAUGUACUCUUUGAGCGAGUUUCAAGUGUACAAACAUUGCUGUGGACUGUCGCUAACACGCUGUGCAUUAUUCACUUGUAACUCAUCUUUUGUGCCCUUUCACCCCCAUCUCGGCACCACUCCCUCCCCCACCACAGCCUGGCCACCACCAUUCUGCUCUGUUUCUAGGCGUUAGACUUUAAAUAAUGUGGCCUUCAGCCUCCCCCAGCUUGAGUAAACUUUAGACAGCCCUUAUUGCCUACCGUAGUCUCCAACCUCCCUUUUCUCGGUGCUUUAAAAAGCUUGUCAGCACACAUUCUUUCUCGGCCUCCUUUGAAACCACCCCCUGCCAUGAAGAUGUGAGAAAGUUUACUUUUCCUUUGGGUAAAGUCAUUUCGCAAGCACAGGUAGCUAUGAUUUUCUUCUUCCCAGCUUUUAAAAUCUCUCCAGCCCUUUGUUUCAGCAGUUUUGAGUUCAAUCUCUCUCCCCUGUUGCAAUAGUCUUGAAUAAAGUCUCUUUUCCCGGGUGACUGUCCAGUGCAAUGCUUCCUUUGACAGUCCCUUUUGAUAUUAAUUUCGUGCAGAAUGGACACUGAAGGAAUGGAAGCCACCACCCCAUCUCCCCACACCUGCUCCUAGGUUUACUGUUUCAUUGUCUUCAUUAGCAUACAUUUACUGCUCCAGGAGACGCUUGACUGACAGGGCCCCAGGCAAUAACUUGAUGGUUCAAACAACUCUUCAGUCUUCAGUAGGAGCUUCAACACACAAUGACUGCUCAAAGACUCUCCUAAAUCCUCCUCUCAAACCCGAGACCCUGGACGGCCCGUCGCUCAGGGCCGGGUGCCACCGACUGGCACGGCAUCCGUUCCGCAGCAUCCUCAUGCUGAUCAGGCAUGGAAAAACUCCUUUGAAAUCGUCUAAAAUCUUCCUGAGGUUUAACAAAGGGUUUUACAACCACUCUCUAGAUUCGAUCUUUGCCCUCAAGCCGUUUCUCUUUGGAAAUUGUUUUCUGGCUGCGAUUGGAAAGGAGAAUCAGUUUUACUUUUGAAUCUAGCAAUUCCUGGCUCCUUUUUACUUUUCUUUCAAGUCUGCUGAAAAACUUAAUAGUUUGGCCUUCAAUUCAUUUUUCUUUCCUGGUAUUUUAUUAUUUGCAGAAUACCAGCGCUUCUGAUAUUCUGUCUGGAAAUCUCCUUAGACUUGCCACUCUACUGUAGCCAAGCAGGACCCUCGGGGCCUCCCUGGGGCGGGCCCUUGCCCCUCCCGCUGCUUUGGCUCCUCUCUGCAGGACCCAGAUGACAUUGGCUGAGUUGUUCCACACACGUGAAGAAUCUCCUCCACCAGGUGGAAGGUGUUAGCUGCCUGAUAACCACGGGUACAGAACCCCGCUCCUCCCGGAGCCUAAGGACUAAUGACGUCAGUUCCUGUGACAGGGUCCUGUGGCCUCCUCAUCAGCUAAGAUGAUGGUGCACAAGCUCCUCACUUACCCUGGGACACCCCCGCCCCAAAUCUGGCUUUUAAAAAUGCUUCACAAUUUUGUUCAGGGAGUUCGGGCUCUUUGAGGGCCUGGCCUGCGGUGACCCUGUCUCUGCGCCCAACUCUGACAUUUGGGUUUGCUCGGCCUCACUCUGAUGGGCACACGAACGUGGGCUCCCGUUAGUGGCAUGUUUUCUAUUUUCCACAUUGUCCCAAGGUAAAGUUUUAUUAACUGUCCUGCCCAUACUGCAUUUGGAUGUCCUUUUGUCCAGCAUUCAAUAUCAUUUUCCUCACCAUCUAGUUAAAAAAAAAAUAGCAAAAAACUUGAGCUGAGUAAAUCUGAAGUCCUAACUGUUAUUUUUCAUUCUUUCAUGAAGGGGGCAGCAUCCCAAGCAGCAACUAGAAGGGCACUCCAGGGGUUAUACACAAGAAAAGGUUUCCUAGGAAGAAGGGUGGGGCAAGGGAGCCAUCAGCAAAAGAAAAGAGUUAUUUUUAGGCCAGGAGAUCUUUUUUUGGAGUAAGGGACUAGCAGGGGUCUUUCCCCCAUUGUCUCCUCUUCCUCCGCAGGGGUGAGCAGGAGGGGGCCCACAGGGCAGAUGACCUCGGCGAACUUGAAGAAAAGUGCCCAGGGCGAGAGCUGUGAGGUUUGCCAUUUAGGGUCUCACUGGGGACCGUAGCCUGGGAGACAGCCACUCAGAAACUCUGAGUCUCCAAACAGGUGGGGGAGAAGCCAGUGUGUGUAGGAAUUUGGGACUCGGAGAACAUGUGGUCAGGCGUACAUCUUGUAAACGGUUGCUGCUCUUACUAAAAAAAUGCAUCCUGAGAGUUGACAGUUAAGUUUUGUUUGGGGUGACAUUGGGCCUUAAGCCUGGGAGACAGCAUCUCAGGUAGCCCCGAGAAACUGCUCCAAGGAGGCGAGGGGAGAAGCAAGGAUACAUGAGUUUUGGCAACGAAGGGGAAGUAGUAGGAACAAAAGAUUUGCAGAUGACCCCGUGUACAGAAGAUGUGCAGAAAACCGUCUCUGCGGGAAGACGGAAAGGUCCGGGCUCCCUGGAGUCUCCCCUUUGAUAUGCUUUCUGAGUUCCCUCUUGGGAGUGGCCAUCCUCACGGGUGACCACGCCAUCUUUUGUUUUGCCCACUAACUGCAGCCCAGGGGGCAGCGUUUCCCGUAGCUCUGCAGUGCCGCCCCAGGGAGGAAAGCGGGAGUAUAAACCUGAGUCCCGAAGGUGAAGGGAGGCGCCUGCAGCCGUGCACUCGUUUGUAGAGGUUUCCUGCUGGUCUCGUCAAGGUGACGACUAGUCACGGACAGCAGUCCUCAUUGACGGAGUUUAGUGUUUUUCCAGAUAUGAGGAGAUGCAAGAAGUGGGCUCAUAAAAUCUUCCCCUGAAAAUGUCUGAGAUCUGAAGCCCAUUCUUCCAGUUGUCCCAGAGCCCAGGCGGCCUCGCUCCGGGUCUCCACCCCGAGCUCCGCUCCGCGCUGCUGCAGGUUGGCAGCUGCAGUGGCUGGUGUUCUACUCCGUGCAGAGGCUGAGGGCGAGGGCCAAACUUCAGUUCACAGAGCGGAUCAUAAAGAUUCGGUGUCUCAGGUGAAUGAUCUUGAAGUGGCACAUCUCAGA